CUUCUGCUAUGCUAACCCGAUGCUAACUUGUAGCCGAGAGGCUGCAGCUUGUGUCCGCUUCUUCUGUCGUUUCCCGCGGGGACAGGAACCGCAAUCACCCGUAAAAUCGUUCACUUAACCCGGAGCGUCUGCACGUCCGUGUCGGGCCCGCGCCAUGGCUUUGCAAGGCCCGGAGGAGCUGGGGGAGCAAGUCGAGGAGCCGGAGGACGCUAGUGGCAUCUCCCCGGCCGAGGAGAUAACGCUGCCCCCUGGGCCCGGAGGGGACGAGGAGCCGGGGCAGACGCUCCUCCUGCCGUGGGACCGCUUCUCCACCUGGCUGCACUGCAUCUGCGUGGUGGGCUUCGACCUGGAGCUGGGGCAGGCGGUGGAGGUCAUUUAUCCUCAUCAUUCCAAACUGUCUGAGAAGGAGAAAACAAGUAUCUGCUACCUUUCCUUCCCCGACUCAAACUCAGGUUGCCUUGGGGACACCCAGUUCUGCUUCCGCUUCCGUCAGGGUUCAAACAGGAAGUCAUCACUCAGCUGCUUCCUGGAAACCACAGACCGGGACGCACCGCCUUGUCUGAAGAGGGAACAGGGCCAUUACUACGGCUACGUGUAUUUCCGUCAGGUGCGAGACAAGUCCCUGAAGAGAGGAUACUUCCAGAAGUCCCUGGUCCUGAUCAGCAAGCUGCCCUAUGUGACCUUCUUCCACUCGCUGUUAAAGAUCAUGGCUCCGGAAUACUUUGAGAAGCAGGAGCCCUGUCUGGAGGCCGCUUGUAAUGACAUAGACCGCUGGCCUACACCCCAUCCCGGACGGAUUCUAACGCUGCCCAUUAUGGGAGUGGUCAUCAAGGUUCGUAUCCCGACAUGUUACGACAAACCAGGAACCUCCCAGCUGGUCCAGUCCUCCCAGAGUGACAGUCUGGUGUCCAUCGUGCUCCCAACCAUCCAUGAAGUGGACCUCUUCAGGUGUUUCUCCCCGGUCUUCUUCCACAUCCAGAUGCUGUGGGAGUUGGUGUUGUUGGGGGAGGCACUGGUCGUGAUGGCGCCGUCGCCAGCAGAGUCAUCAGAUACUGUCCUGGCACUGGUCAGCUGUAUCUCUCCCCUGCGUUACUGCAGCGACUUCCGACCGUACUUCACCAUCCACGACAGUGAAUUUAAAGAAUACACCACCCGGACGCAGGCUCCGCCGUCGGUCAUUCUAGGAGUGACCAAUCCUUUUUUUGCUAAAACGCUGCAGCACUGGCCGCACAUCAUCCGCAACGGAGACAUGAAGCAAGCAGGUGAGAUGGCCAAGCAGAUGAAAGUGAAGAAACUGAAAAACCUCAAAACUCUGGACUCUAAACCUGGUGUGUACACUGCGUAUAAGCCAUAUCUCAACAAAGAUGAAGAAAUCAUCAAACAGCUUCAGAAGGGCGUUCAACAAAAGAGACCCUCAGCGGCCCAGAAUGCAAUUCUUCGACGCUACUUCCUAGAACUGACUCAGAGCUUCAUCAUUCCACUGGAGCGGUACGUGGCCAGUCUCAUGCCUCUCCAGAAGUCCAUCAGUCCCUGGAAGAGUCCUCCUCAGCUCCGACCGUUCAUCCAGCAGGACUUCAUGAAGACACUGGAGAAAGCUGGACCUCAGCUCACAUCCAGACUGAAAGGAGACUGGAUAGGACUCUACAGAAACUUCCUCAAGUCUCCGAACUUUGACGGCUGGUUCCGCAACAGGAGGAGAGAGAUGACCCAGAAACUGGAGGCGCUGCACCUGGAGGCGCUUUGUGAGGAGGAUCUGCAGGUGAGAGUCCAGAAGCACACAGAGGUGGAGACGGUUGAUCUGGUUCUGAAGCUGAAGGAUAAACUGGAUCAGUCGGAGAGGGAGCAGCUCCCGGUGCGCCCGGGGACCCUGGUCAAGCUGAAGGCCCACAUCGACGCAGUCAUCCUGGCCUUACCCGAGGACCUGCAGGGCAUUCUCCACAAGCCGGCCACUCCUUGACCUUUGACCCUCAGCCUGAAACUCUAAUGCCACUUUGAGGGGGGGGGGGGACAGCGAUUCUCCUCCCUGGUGGCCCCGGGUAGAUGGGCCCCCGUGCACUCUUACUGAGGACCCCCUGCUCGGGUUCGACAUGGAAAGCACAUAGAAUUUUUGUUUUACCAAUUUAUACAACUCAAUUCAGUUAUACCCCCCACCCCACCCCCCCCCCCCCCCCCGCUACUGUUUUAUUAAGAGGAUUUUUUUUGUUUUUUAAAUCACGAAAACAUUAAGUGAAGAAAAGAGCGAGUGACACAUUUCUAAUUCAUCGGGUGUUUGCUCUUUUCAAAUGUGACACAUUAACUUGAGUGGAUCUGAGCCGACACGGGAUUUGUCAUCAUGGAAGCAGGAAGACGACCCCCCCGCUGACCUUGACCCAUAGUGUUUUUAACCUGUUGACGUUUUUAAUUUUUACUUUUUUAACUUGACGAUGGAGUGCUGCAGGCAGAACUGACUCUGGAGUUUUUUUCAAUCCAUUUCUAAAAAAAAGAUAUGUUUUUUAAAAGAAGUGCACUUCAUCGCUGACUGGACCAGUGUUCACUUCACACACACACACACAAACACACACACACUCAUACUCACACUCACACACACACACACUCUGACACUUUUAUGCAAACAAACUGAACCAAGCAGAGCCAAGCAGUGCUUUAUAAUUACAUUUUACUAAAACGUUAUCCUAACAAACACACAAACAUUAGGCACCAGCGACCGUCAGUGCAUGUCUCUCAUCUGAAGUGCUAAUGAGCAAAUCCUCUUCCCUGUAUUCAUGUUGACGCUGUCUCAGAAAGUUUGAUUUGGUUUUGAUUCUAUUUAAUUUCUGACGUUUGUGUCACUGCUGUCGGAAAAGGCUUCUUUUUGUGUGCGAGUUUAAGAAAGUCUUCAGGACGCUGAAAAUCUGUUUCUACCAAGAAUGAAGAUUAAAAAAACAACUAAGUUAAAGUCGGACAAAAUCCAGACUCAAGUUAGAAAGGUUGAAUUAAACCAGACUUAUGGCACAAGUCAGAAUUAUGAAAAGUUUGAGGUGGUUAUGAACUCUAUAGAGGAUUUAUCAAAACUUGAGAAGUGUUAAUUGUGACUGAGACAAAGGGUUUCUGAAGAAAAGCGUUUUCUUUCUCCACCUCCACCACCUGUGAUCGUUUCCCAGGACAGAUGUUGACACCAGGUCUGAACGAGGCCUGAGUCUCAAUCUGCGUCUGAAAGAAAACUUAUCAUUCAUUCUUUAUUCUCACUCUGAAUUAAAUAGGUUCUGCUGAGGAGUCACUAGAGUUCACCUCUUUACCGCUCAGGAUAUCUUCCCUUCAGACAUGAGUGUAGUUCUUCCUGAGCAAAGGAACGACACAGAUGCGUUGACAAACUAAAUCAGAUUAUAUUUAGAUUCCUGUCGAGUAAAUAAAUAAACCCAACAAACAUAUUAAGUUCUAAUAAAACCACUAGAAAAUCCAACCCUUCAACUACAACCAGUCUUUAAUUUACAUUAAUUCAAAAGAUUGUUGGGUUGACGGGAAGUUUUUGUGUUUUCGGUCAAUUAAGCUUUUUUUUUUAAUUAUUAUUAUUAACACUAACAUAGAGUCUUAGAUAACCUGGUUAAAUCCUUUUUUACAUUUUGAAGUGAAGGGGCCAAAAUGUGAAUAUUCCCCCUAACAGUAAAAAACAAAAGGAUUUAUUCUAUUGACAGCAAUAACGCUUUCACAGGUCACACGGUGUAAAGGCCUUAAUGGCAGAGUUUAUUUCUCAAAUAGUAGAAAGAGGCUGCACACGUCUGUACGUGGAGAAAGUGGACGUCUGCGUUUCAAAAUAGCUCUCGUGUGGAAAAGUUGACCUCCCUCCUCGUCAUGGAUUACGUCAUGCGGUGGUGUUUUGUUUGGGGGGACAUUUUCUUUUAAGCCACUAUGUAACUCAUGUUUGAUAUUUGGUUCUUUUUUUUGUUUUUUUGUCGAGCAGAUAAUGUAAAGAAAAGUGACAAGAGUAUGAGCUGGUUGGAAAAACCUGUGACAUCUGGAUGUUGGGAAACCAUGUAACUUUUCUAUCUGUGAAACGAUAACACAACUUUUUAUCAACUUUUCCAUGCAGGGCUGUUUGUCCUCGAUGUCAUGCUCCGUAGAGGAGAGGACUUUUGUACAUAACAAUGUAAAGUGACAUGUUGGCCCUGAUGUGAGGAUGUACCAUAAUUAUUUUGCUAUGACAACAGAUGUGUUGCUAAAUACAGAGUUAUAAAUGAGAACUUCUUCAUAUGUUUAUUUAAUUCUGAUUUGUUGACAAACUUUGACAUUUUGAAUCUGUUGCUAACAGACUCGACGAGAAUGUAUUCGAUCGUUUCACUCCCCUCGAAAAAACCUCCGGCUGAAGUCCACAGCUGUUAAUAAGUGACAAUAAGGUCCUUUUAUUCAUUGGUGUCAAUGACCAACACUUAUAUGCUCUCUUAUCAGAAAGGAUCGAUCGUGGACAGUUUAACCACAGGUUAAGUUAAGGAGCGUGAGGAAGCAUCCAAUAUGGAUCAAACUACAUUUAGCAGUAGAACUACAGAAACAUAAUAAAAGAUGUUCAGCAAGUAGCCUGAUACAAGCUUUUACACAGCUACACACAUCUGAUGACACUGUUUCUGUUUGAAGCCACAACCACUUCACUGAAGCCCCGAUGCCACAGCUUGAAUAAAGACAUGACGACGUGAA